UUCUCUUGGCCUGUUGGUUGUUUCUCUUUCUAGCUUUUUGCUGUUAGUAUUGGGGUUUCACGGGUCUUGAUUCUUCCCUUUUUUCCUCAUAGCAAUCUGUUUACCAACAACUUCAACUCCUGUGGUCUUCCCCUUUUUAUAUUCUUCUUUCCGCUAUUUGCUCUUUGUCCUAAGCUGCCUCUCUUCACUCUCACACUCAGUUAUGCCUGUCCCUUUUUCUCUUCUCUGUUUUCUCACUCUGCUUCUCAUUUCCUACACACCAUCAAAAUGUGCCAAUGCAAAACCACCACCACCUAAACAAGCCCCCGCCCGCCGCCACCGCCUCCUCUCCGUCGACUACUAUAACAAAACAUGCCCUCACCUCGACCAGCUCGUCUCCUCAAUCACUACCCAACAGUUCAAAGACGCACCAGUCUCAGCUCCAGCAACACUCCGCCUCUUCUUCCAUGAUUGCUUUGUAGAAGGUUGUGAUGGGUCGAUUCUGAUAUCAACAAAGCCAGGCAGCAAAGUGGCGGCGGAAAAGGAUGCAGUGGACAAUAAAGGGCUGAGACCUGAGGCGUUUGAAAGCAUCAAGAAAGCAAAGGCGUUGGUUGAGAGCAAAUGCCCUGGCGUUGUGUCUUGUGCUGACAUCCUAGCAAUCGCAGCCAGAGAUUUUGUCCAUUUGGCAGGAGGGCCGUAUUACCCGGUGAAGAAGGGACGAUGGGACGGGAAGAUCUCCAUGGCGUCCAGAAUAGGUUCCAAUCUACCACGAGCAAAUUCCACCGUCGAUCAACUUCUCAAACUCUUCAAUUCCAAAGGUCUAUCGGCCGAUGAUCUUGUCGUCCUCUCCGGUGCGCAUACGAUCGGAUUUGCACACUGCGAGCACUUUACGAACCGUCUCUACGACUACAGAGGCACGAAGCAACCUGAUCCAGCGAUCGACGGGAGACUGCUGAAGGAGCUGAAAAUGUCGUGCCCCAGGUACGGGGGAAAUACAGAUAUAGUGGCGCCAUUCGAUGUAACGACGCCGUUUGUGUUUGAUCAUGCGUACUACGGAAAUUUGGAAGGGAAAUUGGGAUUGUUGGCUACGGAUCAAGGUCUGGUUUCGGAUGCGAGGAUGAAGACGAUGGUGCAGGGUUUGGCGAAGGAUAAGCAGAAGUUUUUUCAAGCUUUUGCGGCGGCGAUGGACAAAAUGGGAUCGAUUGGUGUGAAGAGAGGACGAAGACAUGGAGAGCGAAGGACGGAUUGUAGCAUUCACCAGAGUUGAUGGAUGCUUUCAUCAUCAUCGUAACAUAUUUGAAAAUAAUCCCUUUUUGUAUUUCUUUUUUAAUUUUAUUUUUAGAAAUAUAUGAGAGAAAUUUCUCUAUAGAAUGAGGGGUUAUUGGCUAUGCAGCUCGUGAAAUAUUUGAAAAUGGCAUUUCUUAGCACAGGGGAGGUAGUAAAUGUUGGUUAUAUCUCUACUUAACAAAUACACGUUCUAACACUUGGUUGGAAUGGGUUGCCCUUUAUUGUC